AUGUCGAACUUUGUCGGAGGGAGCUCUCGUCAAAGGAAAGGAAAAGAAUUGUUGGUUGUCUCAAAUGAGGAGAAUGCACGCUUCAAAGGUUUAUGGACCGAGAAACCUUACAAGUAUUGGGGGUUUGGGAAUGAUAUUGAUUGGUUGCUUGAUAGAAUAGGUUGGACUAAUGCGGGUUAUCUCUUCUCCUGUUCGUGCGCCUCUUCUCCUUUGCACAGCGGGCUCACGUCUCUUCCCCUCUGCACAGCGAGCGAGCGACACGCGACGACACACCUCUCCGCAAGUCAAAACAACGCCUUUCUUCCUUCUCUCAACAGCGCGCUUCCUUCUCCUCUCAGUAACGGCGCAGCCCUUACUCGUCUCCUUCCCUUUCCUUGCUCAUCUCCUUCCCUCUCAGCAACAACCAAGGAAGCUCAAUCAAAGAUGAAACCAAUGCUUACAAAAAGCAAUGUAGGUAACAUUCAAAAGCCUGUAAAAUUUUUAGCACCUGGUAAGUUGGCCAAGGAGCGUGGAUAUAGACAUAGAACGAGGCAUGUUGGAGAUUCUACUGGAAAUGCAUCAGCCUAUAAGAGUAUAGGGGGAAAUGCAUCCGCCUACAAAAGUAUAGGGGGAAUUCGAAGGCUACAAGUUGAAGAGCAAAAAGCACAAUACAUAGGCAAUCAAGGAAGAAUUGGUGGAAUUUCAGCCCAUACUCUUAUUGUGCAUUUUGAGGAAGAUGAAUGGAAAGAAAGAGAUUUUACAGAAGAUAGUUCUUUCUUGGAUAUCUUGAACAUAUGUAAAAAGUUUAUUGAUAUAUAUUCUGUUGGUUUCAAAGUCACGGAUGCGGAUGGUAAGCUAUUGAGAAAUGAUAAAGAUUUAUUGGCUAUGCUGAAAGAACAUGAAGACGUGGAGAACAUAGAGAUUUAUUUAGAUGUGGAUGAAACUGCCCAACCAUUACACUUCAAAAUGCCUCAAGACAAUCCAUCCUUUGAUUCUAUCCCAAGAGUUCCAAAAGUGAGAGAUGUCACAAUAUUGGGUUAUUUUAAGACAAAUGAGAAAGUCAAAGUACGAGGGGAUGUGGUAAACGGAACUGAACAAGCUAGUACAGUUCAAUGGUUCAUAACUGUUUCAAAGAACUUUGAUAUCGAGACGGGCUUGCAAGCUAUUAGUAAAUGUACCAUCAACAAGGAUUUUCAAAUACCAAUUGAGGCUGUUGGUCAUUAUCUUGUUGUUAAAUUUACACCUAUGACUGAAGAUGGUGAAAGUGGUGAAUCGAGGUUUGCUAUUACAGACAAAUAUGUUGAUGGUAAGUAUAUUUCAAAUUUAGAGAAUUAUGAGUUUUCUAUUGAUUUCAAAUUGAACUCUUGA